AUGAAUAGCGCAUAUCUUCUCUUUCUCCUAUUACACUUCUCGGCGCUCUCGUUUGCCUUGUCAAUUCAGGAUGAUUUUGCAUCCGACAAAAAAAUUGUCAGAAUGCAAAUUAAACACAGACACAAGCGUGGCAGCAUAUACGUGAAAUCUCGAAAACUCACAAUUGACACUGAUUAUCUAGCCAGUGUCGAAGUUGGUACUCCCGGGCAGUCUUUAAAUUUUUUAAUCGAUUCCGGAUCGCCGGAAAUGUGGAUGACCUCAUCUUUAUGUGAUUCAUCUUGCAGCACAAGUGACGCUUAUUUCGAUCCUUCCAAAUCUUCUACUUUUCUUUCUAACAAUACGGAAUGGAUUAUGACUUAUGCGGGUGGGCAAAGCGUUAGCGGAAUAUUUGGCAAAGAUGUUGUCAAUAUUGGUGGGAUCCACGUGAUAGAUCAGACAAUUGGUUUGCUUGUAAACUCGGACAUAGAUCUGACUUUCGAUGGAAUCAUGGGGGUUGGACGUAGCGUCGAUUCAGAUUACGGCACACUUACACCGUUUGAUAAUAUGAUUGCACAACAAUUGAUUUCCGAGCCGCUAUAUACGGCAAGGUUUGUAAAAGUUCCGGAUGACGAUAAUGGUGGGGAGUUCAUAUUCGGGGCCAUCGAUUAUUCUAAAGUUUUGGGCGAUAUUACCUACUCACCAAUAACCGAGAAUAAUCACUGGCAAAUAAAUUGUUCGGGUUUAUAUCUAGGCCAAGAGUCUUUGACUCCAGGCGACAACUACACGUCCUUCUGUGCCUUAGACACUGGAAGCCCCGGUCUUCUUUUGUAUUCUCAUCUGGCCGAUGCAAUUCACUCCAGAAUACCCGGAGCAGGCUAUUAUGAUACAGACGAAACGCGGGAUGGCUCAGCUGUAAUAUAUACGGUUCCUUGUGAUACCGACAAUAGUUUAGGACCUUUAGUCUAUGAGAUAGAAAGCAGGAAAUUCAGUAUACCGAUCUCGGAUAUUGUCGGCGACCCGAUUGAAGGAGAUGAAGAUAAUUGCCUAAGUUCAAUUGGUGGAAAUUCUGAUCCUGGCACGGCUUGGAUUUUGGGAAGUCUAUUUAUGGAGCGCUACUUAAUAAUAUACAAUCAAGGAACGGAGCCACCAACGGUCGGAAUUGCUUAUAGAACAGACGUUGACUAUAACUG